AUGUCGCCGGCGCAGGGCAAAGGUAGGGCUGUUGUUGUCACCUGCAUUGUCCGAUCUACACUAGACCUCCCCGGGGGCGGGGAAGCCAUACCUAGCUGUGACGGCGAGAAGCCCUCGUGCGCAAGAUGCCUCCAACGUGGAAUUGAAUGUGUUUACAACACAGGGGACGAGAAUCGGGGCACGGCACCUAGGUCCCUUGUCCGCCUACUCCAGGCUCGCAUUAAGAAGCUGGAGGAUAUUCUCUGGCUACAUUCUAUCGACAUCAAUAUCCCCGUUGAUCACACCGACGGAAAUGAUAUCCCAGUGAACGACAAACCAGCAGAUUUGACGCGCUCCACAGCUUCCCAUCAAGCACAUUCAAAAUUUGAUAACCCCUCUUGUACAGACGGGCAUCUUAAUUUCGACGACCAUGGAGAGGCAUUUUAUUUUGGCUCCAGCAGCGGACGGGCCGAGCUUUUGCGGCCGACAGAGGGCGCAAAUGAGGACCCUGGCUUAUCCUUAAAUACAUUCCCUCGAUUCCCGCACAACAUGUAUUCCCAGGCAGUUGACUCCACAUUGGAGAUCUCCAAGGAGCUUCAAGAGCACCUAGUUUCCCUUUACUUUGAAUGGGAGCAGCCAUGGUUCCAGCUGGUCGAUGAAACUCUGUUUCGGGAAAGCUGGAACGAAAAUGGGAGAUAUUCCAAUCCACUGCUUCUUAACUGCAUAUUCGCCCUGGGUUCUCGCUACUCGGACAGAACAGAAGUACGCUCCAAUCCAGAAGAUCCUAACACAGCUGGCCAGCUGUUUCUAGAGCUCGCCGAAGUGCUGUUACAUUUUGAUCUGAAGUCGCCAAGUAUCAUUACUAUUCAAUCCCUUGCCAUGAUGGCUAUCCUUUAUGUUGCUCUGAUGCCAAAGGUUGGCUACGUCAUGGCAUGGCUAUUCGAUUAG